CUACACAUGCCAUGAUUACUGUAAUGGACCCCUUAUCUAUUACUGCUGGAGCUGCUGGCUUCAUUUCACUUGGUAUUACGGCCGCUGGGGGAAUCAUCCAAUAUUGCAAAUUGUAUCGAUCUCAAGAUGUGGACUUUGUCCUAUUAAUGCGACACGCCAAAGAGCUAGAAUCAUUCCUCGGCUCAAUCAAAGACCGGACUACAGCAUCGCAAAGUCCUAGUAGAGAUGUACAUAACUCUUUAGAAGGAUGUCGUCAGGCCUGCGACGCUUGCCUGAAUGAUUUCAAGCAACUCAACGCCAAGUAUACCGACCAGAAAUCCAAUCGGAGGCUCAUAUACAAAUUGAAAUACCCCUUUGAUAAGGCGAAACUCGAUGAUCUGCGGUCUCAACUACAAGAAUUCCACGUUAGACUACUGGGAAUCUUGCAGUUGGUCAAUCUGGAUGCCACGCGAGAAAUAAGAAUUAUCGCUAUUUCGGAAUCUGCAAAGAUAACACUCGCGGUGGAGUCGAUGGAAAGAGAGGUCCAAUCUUCUCUCUCCGAUGUAAAACAAGCAGUAACCGGGAUACAUACUGGUGUCGACCAGCUGGAGUCUUCCUUCCAGCGUGGCCUUGGAGAAGCCGAGAUGCAUAUAAUGACAUCUUUGGGCGAUAAUCAAAAUGUCAUAUCCAACCGGGCAUCACUAAUCAUCGCAAACCAAGAAACCCAGUCAGUAUCACUGAAACAAUAUAUGGAUCAACGACUUGGGGCCCUAGAGAGCAACCAGCGAGAGUUCUUUACCCGAGCUUUAGCUGCGGGUGCUGGGGUUAAUGGUCAAACAGCAUUACACAACUCAAAUACCGAUGAUGGCCGUUGGGUCCGGAACAGCGUUAGGGAGAAGAUGAAUCUUAGGAUGCCCGUGCGGAACAUCUUUGACUCUCUCUGCACCUGUCCAGUGACACAGCAGCGCCAUUUCACAAAACAGCACCAGGCACACUGCAUAUAUUCUUUGGGAUACCGCGAGGAGCGGACCUUUACCAAAAGCUUUCGAGCUUUCCGGCGCAUGAUCACUAUAUCGUGUAAAGUUGAGUACGCUCGCAUGAAUUGGGCUCGCGACUGGCAUGUCUACCCUAAUCUAACGGUUCGAAUGACUGUGCCGCCGGAUUCUCCCGCGUUCGACGUAAUCAGAAGGGCCGGAAAUAAUUUGUGUCAUAUUAAAAGUAUACGAGAGUUGGAAGACUUAUUCAAGGACAGCUUGAUUAGUCUUAAAAGGAUUUUUACAAAUGGUGAAGGGUGGCCAACAGAUGUUGAUAAAUACGGUCAGAGCUUGCUACAUAGAGUGGUUGAAGACAUAUUUUUGUAUUCUGGCUAUAUGGGAUCCGACGAAGCAGUAGUUGUCUUCAUGCAGUUUGUGGUCGCGUUAAAAGAGAUAGGCGUGCCUAUAGAUGAUUAUUCAAUAUUUGGUACGCCUCUUGGAUAUCUUCUUGACGGAAUGCACCGUUCAUGGAAUCGUCUGACCGAUAAUUCCGCGUUUGUAGCGCUUGCGACCCAGAACUUUUUGAAAACCUUAGAACUUUUAGAAACAAUACCUGCUCCAUUACGUCUUAAUCAUUCGUCUAUGAUGAUGAUGAUGAGUUUAAGAGAUCCGGGAUUUUACGAACGUGAGCUUCUUUAAAUUUUCCUCAUGUAAGUAAUAUCGGCAAAAUUGACGGCAUAUAGUGUUGAAAUUAAACGCAGGUUAUGAGGUAUGUAU